AUGUAUCUCCUAACUAUCCUCCCCCUCCUCACGCUCACCACCCUCGGCCUGUCAACUCCAACAAUCCACGACAACCAUCUGGGCCCAAGAGACAUUCAUUACGGCGCCUCCCCCUCCUCUUCAAGCAAUGCUCAAUGGAGGAGACCAACAAAUAGACCACCGCCCGUGUACCGAAAGCUGGGCCAUGCGAUAGUGCACAACAACUGCAAUUUCCCAGUCUACCUCUGGUCCGUGGCCUCUACAGUCCUACCAGAGCGAACCCUCCUCCCAAAUGAGGAGUACAACGAGGUCUUCCGCGAGAACGCAAACACUGGCGGUAUCGCAAUCAAGAUCACCACCGACCGUGACGGGCUGUAUACCAGUGCCCCGCAGAUGAUCUUUGCGUACAACCUUGCCUCUACACGGGAACGGGGCCAGAGACAGGAUAAAGUGUGGUAUGAUCUCUCGGAUGUCUUUGGGGAUCCGUUUGUGGGCUACCCGGUGAAUCUUACUCCUUCUGAGCCGUCGAUUUCUUGGAAGGAUGGUGUUCCCCCUGCUGGGAGUCAGGUGAGGGUUGUUGAUGCUUCGACGGAUUUGCGUUUGUCGCUUUGUUGA